UAUGGCCGCAAGUUAAGAACAAUGUGAGUAUGUUAUCACAUAUGGUAAAACAUACAUCCCUUCCUUAUCUGAUAUCAAUAACAUUAGGUUAUACAUUUAGUGAUGUUGUCAUCAAUAUACAAAAUAAUAGCAUAAUAAUAGCAUAAAUAAACUGUAUGUGUCCUUUCCCAUCAUGAAACACAUACCACUUAUAAGGAAGAGAAACUGAAAGACUGGCCAUCUUCUUCAAGAUGACAAACAUGCCUACAACCAAUACCUCAUCCACAAAGGUAAGGUCUGGUAAGGGUAACUGUAACCUGAAAGUAAUUGUUUAUUUAUACUCAGAUCCAGAAAUAUCAUUUGCAGCUUUUUAAGCAUAACUCUCAUAUUUUUCAAGUAAUGUUUCUGAAUUUCAAACACUAUUGAUCACAUGGUGACAGGUCAAUGAGAGUGGAAAGCUCCAGUAAUAUCACAGCAUGGUAUAUAGUGACAGGUCAAAGAGUGGAAAACUCCAGUAAUAUCACAGCAUGGUAUAUGGUGACAGGUCAAAGAGUGGAAUGCUCAAUGGUGACAGGUCAAAGAGUGGAAAGCUCCAGUAAUAUCACAGCAUGGUAUAUAGUGACAGGUCAAAGAGUGGAAAGCUCCGGUCAUAUCACCACGUGGUAUGUGGUGACAGGUCAAUGA